UGUAGAUAAAAUGUUAUCUAUGUCCCUGCUACAAACAACAACAUGUGAGAUCCUGGUUAGGUAUGUUCCCCGUUUUACUAUAAAUACACAUUAAUUAGCAGCCUAAAAGUCAGCUUAUAAUCGCUUCUAAAGGGUCCAAGAUGAAGUCAUUCUUACCGCUAUUUGUCUUUGCUGCUGUUAUUAUUGCCGGGAAUGGAAGACUCAUUUUCGCAGACAGAGACAGCAUUGGAGACGACAAUCCACUAGAUGACGUCAUAUACGAUGCAGAAGACGAUGACGUUUCGUUUGACGUCGAAAACAGAGAUGACGUUAACGUCUUUCCGUAUUUCGACGACCAGCUCGUGGAGGAUUCUUCCGAUAGUUUAGCUGAAGAUGAUGUAUUUGUUGGAAAUGAACUUACCGGAUGCCAUAAUGGCAAAUGUGAGACGUGUAUGAAAAUGUGGAAAUUGAAAGCAUGCUUUGUCGCGGAAAUCACCUCCGAAGGCAUCAAACUGAGCUUCAAAGCUUAUGGCAAAAGUAUUUCCCAUGUUAUUAAAAGCAAUGGCAGCUUCACCUUGAGAAUGAAGAAAAGCAAACUCCCCAAAUCCAUGAGAAAACUGAUGAAAAGCGAUCUAGAAAUAAGGAUUUCCGGUAUUGACAUCGCUAGGAAGCAACUGUGUGUCCAGCUGAAGGUCAAGGUGAAGUUCUUUGGGACAAUUAAAUGGCCAAAGAGAAGUCCACAAUGCUUCAAGCUAUAGGAAUUCUAGCGUUUCUAAGCUGCACAGAGAAAUCUGCAUUCCUAAUUUAACGUGAACUGUAUGUCCACAUCCAGCUUCGGUCUAUGUGCAAAGUUUUCCGACUUAAAUUUUGUACAAGACAUUCACGUAAAUUCUGAAUUUAGUUUAAUCUACCUAAAUGCAUACAGUCUGAACAUAUAUUAUUAUAUAAAAAUACAAUAAAGAAAGAAAAUUUCA